AGGGGAUUUGAAGUACUCAAGGGGCAGGGAUUCAGAAAGGGACAAAAAGCCUGAUGAUGUACAUAGACAUGAAAAGCGAAGAUUCAGUGAGAAUGAGUCUAGAUCUCAAAAAUGGAGCAAUAAAAAUGAAUACAGCAAUUCGAGAUCAUCGAGGAAUAGAGUUUCAAGUGACAGCUCAGAGGGUCCUAAAGGUGACACAAGAUUAAGAGAAAGUGGUAAUAAAUCAAUAGAAAAUGACGACCCCUCAAAAAGUGGACAUGGAGGAGGAAUAUUCCGGCUAGAACGUGAACCAGUGGAUCCACAUAAACAGAGCCACCCUCACGCAUCCCACACUCACACAUCCCAUCAGAGGGAUCCUCCCCCUCCCAGCAGGGGUAGAGGUCAAUACUCAUCACGUGGUAGGGGCUCCCAUCGGAAGCUGUAUGACCCUAGUAAACCUCACGAUCAUAAAGUGUCAAACCAGCUCAGGUUUAAGGACGAUUAUGAGGAAGAUUAUGAGCAGCAGGGAAGGAUAACAGGUGGAUAUGAUCAAGGAGGAUAUGAUCAGGGGUAUGGACAUGGGGGAUAUUAUCAGCAAGGCUUGUAUUGUGAUAGUAGUAUAUACACAGAUGAUACAUACACUAGGGAUCCAUAUUACCAUAGCUAUAAUGCUAGCACUGAGGAAGCUGGUAGUGGUAAAGAGGAAGAAGCCAGGAAGUUGUUACAUGAUGCGUUACCAUUGGAGACCCAACUCUCUAGUUUAAUUGCUAGGAGACUGCCCUCUAACAUCACCCUUGAUGCUCUCUUGAAACUGAGACUAGAGGUUGAGAGAAGACUAGAGUUGGUCAUUCUACAAGAUCUUGACUACUCUUGCAAACACAAUGUGGAUCAGUUACUAUGGAAAUCUGCCUAUUAUCAAGUUAUUGAACUGAUGCGCAAACAAGUGGCAGAACAUAAUGAAGACAUGGUGAAGAAACAUCUAGUGAAACUUCUAGAGGAGGGCUGCUUUUUCUAUGAAAGUUUGUUAAGAAAGUUGGAGAGUUGCUACAAAUUUGAUCUGAAUGUCUUCAUCAGUGAACUACAGCGGCAUCCUGAUAAUCUGAGACGAAGUGUUAAAUUAGCUAUUCUAUGUUGCCAACGAGUGAUGAUUUGCCUUGGUGAUCUCGCCAGGUACAAAGAGCAGGUGCACAAUGGCGUCAACUAUGGUAGAGCCAGGAGUUGGUACCUAAAAGCUCAGUAUAUCGCUCCAAAGAAUGGACGACCCUAUAACCAGCUGGCAAUCUUGGCUCUCUACACACGCAGGAAACUUGAUGCCGUGUACUAUUACAUGAGAAGUCUGGCAGCCAGCAAUCCAUUUUUAACAGCCAGGGAAAGUCUCAUGGCGCUUUUUGACGAAGCUAGGAAAAAGGCAGAAGUACAGGAGAGGAAAAGGAGAGCAGUCGAGACCCCAACGUUGGAAAUUGAACAAGGAGAGCAGAGUGACAGAAUUGAAAUCUGGGUCUCACCAGAUGGCUCCAGUGUCACAGAGACCGUACAACAGGAAGAUGCCCUCUCCAAUCUCUCGACCAAUGAACUCAAUAGGAGAUUUACGCUCAGUUUUCUUCUUGUUCAUGGAAAGCUUUUUACAAAAAUAGGGAUGGAGGACUUCGAUGAGAUGUGCGGGAAGAUGUUACAAGAGUUUGAAGCUCUCUUAUCGCGUACCCCUCAUGAAGUAUUGUCCAAUCAGAGACUACUACAGCUUAUAGCCAUCAACAUGUUUGCCAUUGAGAAUUCAGCUAUAAAAGAUGAUCGGGUAUUGGAAACUGAGUGUAGAUCUGUGAUUGAAGAACAGGCCACGCAACUAGGUUUAGACAUGUUAGGAAUGCUUGUUGCGAGGUGCUCCGAACUUCUGAAAAGUCAUUUAGCCAGUCAUCAUUUUCCCAAGGACCUGGUGUCCCCUGAUUUGAGGGAGCUUUUACCAGCAGUGAAGGCAUGGUGUGAUUGGAUGUCGUGUCACAUGCCUGCCUGGAACCCACCUCCAGUGCAGAGGCCUCCUGGUGUAGGUCCUGAGAUAGAUGUUUGGGAAACACUUGCCAAUUUCAUCAACCUGUUGAGGAGUGUUGACAUUUCUGUUAUUGACAUGUUUGAAGAACAUAAUCUACCAUCUGGUGGUAUUCCAAUACUGUUAAGUGAGGAGGCUGGCCUUGCAGGGUUUGUACCAUUACUGGCACAUAUGCCCCGUCAACUCUUCACACUCCCCGAUGCUGAUAAUGUCCUGGCAUGUGAUUGUGCUAGGAUUGCGCUGCUGAGGUACUUUGGUGAAUACUUGAAUGGCAUUGAGCCCCCGAUGUUUGGAUAUAAUGUUGAGAAGAAAUUGUACUAUUCAGUUGCUCCAAAACUGAAGGAUGAAAGAGUUAGUAAAGAAUCUUCUCAGGCCAAACUUGACCAGAGUUUGGAAGAUAAUGAUAUGGAGGAUCUAGUCACACAAGAUGAGAGUCAUGGAGAGGGAGACAUUGGAGAGUUAAGGAAACAGAAAGAACUGUUGGAAAAGAAGGUUAAACAGCAACAAGAGCAUCAACUUAAUAUUAAUGCAAUUCUAGAAAGCAGUAGAGACCAUAGAAUCCAGAUCACUAUUCGUCCAGUCUUCCUCGUGCCAGACACUAACUGUUUCAUUGACCAUCUUGCCACCAUUACAGCAAUACUGAACUCAAAGAAGUAUAAGCUGAUUCUACCUCUAGUAGUAUUAAACGAGCUUGAUGGGCUAAGUAAGGGAGGUAACAACAGCCAAUAUGAGAGCCAGGAUCAUGCCACUAUGGUCCAACAAGAGGCCACUAAAGCAGUUGCUUAUCUUGAAGAACAAUUUGAACAGCGUAAUCCACAUAUUAGGGCACUUACAUCAAAGGGCACGACCAUUGAUACUGUGGCAUUUCGUAGUGAAGAAACAGAUAAAACAGGCAACAAUGACGACCUAAUACUGUCAUGUUGUUUGCACUACUGCCAAGAUAAAGCCAGAGAUUUUAUGCCAAGACCUGACACUGGGAAACGAGUGCAGCUUCAACGAGACGUCGUUCUCCUCACAGAUGACCGAAACCUGCGACUAAAGGCUCACACUCGCAAUGUUCCAGUUAGGCACAUUAUGUCAUUUUCACGCUGGGCGAAACUGUCCUAGACUUUAUCAUUACUUGAUUAUUAUUUUAUUGUUAGAAUUAUUUACGAUGACAUGUGUGCUAUUUGCAUUACAGGCACAUGAGUAAUUUAUUAUUAAAGUCCCAGUAUCUGUUUUUAGCAAAAUCUCAGAAAAAUGUUUUGUUUCUGCUUUUGGAGAUUUGCUGUUCCGAAGAUUUUUUAAGAACAAUCACACAAAUCACGAACAAUCACAGUAGUUUAGUGAUGAUUCAAAGAAAGGGAGCUGAGCUUAUAAGUUUAUUUAUUACAAAUUUAAAAUUUCUACUUUAUAACUUGAAAUUUUUAGAUGUGAGUUUUUUGGAGAGCUUGUCAUUAAAAGGUAUAUUCCUAUUGCUUUCUGUUACGGUUGCUAAAACCAAUUAUCUAUUUUCCAUACUUAGUAAAAAUUUGAAAAAGAAUCUUAUGAUGUAGUGAAAAUUGAUAAAUGCUCAUGUUGCCAUCUAUAUUAAGUUUAUAUUCAAGACAAUGUUUGAAACAUUAUUAGGCUGGUAUGUCUGUUGAGUUUUUUGUUUUGUU